AUGGAUAGUUUGUAUACUAUUCAGCUAGUCUAUAAACUAGCUAAAGGGAACUGCCUGUUUAUUAACGAAAAGAGCGUCAAUACAGUGCUGUCGAAAAAAAUUGAUGCUUCACUUGGGCAAAUCAAAAAUGAAAUUCUUGCCAUAAAGGAUGAGCUGCUGAAACAUGCUGUCAAGGAGACUAACCCUCCAGCUGAUCCUCCUCAUUAUUCUGAUGUACUGCGCAACAGAACUCAACCAGCCAUUGUUAUUCGUCCGAAAAAUACUAAUCAGUCAGUAACUCAAACCAAGACGGACAUUCUAAAGUCAGUUGAUCCUUUUGAAGCCAACAUUCAUCUGGGUAAAGUUUGUGAUAUCAAGGAAGGUGGGAUAGUGCUUGGUUGUAAGAGCAAAGCGGAUAACUUAAAACUGCUUUCCAUUGCAACAGAGAUGUUAGGUGAUUCAUACGUCAUCAAAGAAGUUGCUGGCAUUCAUCCUAGGGUACGAAUAGUUGGAUUGACUGGCGAAUACUCCGAUGAGCAGAUACGUAGCUACCUUCUGAAGGAUAAUCCUGACGUGUUUUGUGGUGAUGUUGAGUGUAAAGUUUUGAAAACAUAUGCUGUUAAAAAAAAUAAUAGAAUCUUCCAAUCUGUCUUACAAAUAGAUAGAGUUUCCUAUGUUAGGGUCAUGAAGGCAGGAUCUGAUCGUAAGUUUUCAGCAGUGAAUUUGAGGAAAGGUGGAGGAGUGGCUGUUGCUGUUAGGAGUGAAUAUAAGUCAUCUGCCAUUGAUAUAUAUGUGUACCCACCUUUCAACCAGGUCAGUCCAAAGAUAGAUAUUUUAGUAAUUAAAGUCAGUGUCCAUUACUCCAAAAUAUAUGUGAUUAAUCUGUACAUACCUCCUCAGGUAACCGUUAUCGACUAUGAAAUCUUGUUGGAAGCGAUACAUAGUCUAGCGCUUUUACAUACUGGCAGUAUUUUCAUUGUUGGGGACUUUAAUAUAACAUCAUAUGCUGAUUAUCUUGAAAAUAGUAUCUCAAAUAGUUACAUAAACACUUUAAAUGUUUUAGCAAGAUUUUUCAAUGUCAUUCAGUAUAAUUACAUACACAAUGACAGUGGAAAUUUGCUAGACUUAAUUUGGAGCAAUGCCAUUUGCUAUGUUGAACAUACUGAUGAUGCGUUAGUGUGUGAGGAUCCCCAUCAUCCUGCAUUGAUUGACACUGUGAGUCAUUUUCCUUCCACCAAACAUAAUAACUGUGCUAUAUUUUCAUGUAAGCAGGUCUAA